AUGAAAUUCCUGAUUUUAUUAGCUAUCAUUUUACAAAUUGCGUUGGUUUACUGUGGAUCGGAGUUAGAUGUUCCAACCAAUGUGCACAACAGGUCGAUGUCCAUCAAAGGGCAACUCUUCUGCGGAAGAAAACCAUUUGAAGGCGCUAAAGUUCGACUUUUCCGUGUCUACCAACCAAACGCCGCUGAUAACAUCGCUGAACUGCUCGAUGUAAAAAAUACCUAUAUCACUGGAAUGUUCCAAGUGGAAGGAGAUACCUCCAGAUUCCCCCGUACCAAGACAGAAAUCCAACCAUACGUUACCAUCCAUCAUAACUGCAAUAUGAACAACAAAGAAACGUCGAAUCAAGGCUACAAACGGAUUGGAGUCCGUCUACCAGAAGACUAUGUGACACUUGGUACCAAGGCCAGAAAGGUGUACGAUUUCGGAAAACUCAAUCUCGAAUUGGAGUUUCCAGGAGAGACUCACGAUACUAAAUUCACAUUUGCUGAUUAA